AUGGCGGCGGGCGGCGGGGCGCUGGCCGCCACCGGGGCCGCGCUGGUGCUGGCGGCGGUCGCGGCGCUGUGGCUGUGGCGGUGGCGGCGGCGGGCGGGCGGCGGCGAGGGCCGGGUGUGCGUGGCGGUGCUGGGCGACCUGGGCCGCAGCCCGCGGAUGCAGUACCACGCGCUCUCGCUGGCCCGGCACGGCCGCGGCGUCUCGCUGCUGGGCUACCUCCAGACCCGGCCGCACGGCGACGUGCUGGGCAGCGGCGAGAUCCGCGUCGUGCCGCUCUCGGACCUGCGGUGGCUGCGAGUUGGCCCAAAGAUUUUCCAGUAUGUUGUAAAAGUCAUUGCUCAGGCAAUACAGCUGCUGUACACAAUGCUGAAAAUGGAUCGACCAUCCUAUAUUCUUCUUCAGAAUCCUCCAGGUUUACCUAGUAUAGCUGUUGCCUGGGUAGCGUGUCUUGUCUGGAGAAGCAAACUGAUAAUUGAUUGGCACAACUAUGGAUAUACCAUAAUGAGUCUGAAUCAUGGAAGAAAUCACCCACUAGUACGCAUUGCAAAAUGGUAUGAGGAGCUUUUUGGACGUUUGUCGGACUAUAACUUGUGUGUCACUAACGCAAUGAAAGAAGAUCUAUGGGUGAAUUGCAAAAUAAAGGCAGUAACGCUGUAUGACAGGCCAGCUUCUUAUUUUAAGGAAACACCAUUAGAGCUUCAACAUCAGUUGUACAUGAAACUUGCAAAAGACUAUGGACCAUUUAAAGCACAGCAUAUUACAGAGUCUGUCAGUUCGAAUGCUGAGAGGUCUGCCUUUACAGAAAUGGAUAAAAGAAAUGGACAUGUGGUAAAAACCAGAGGACGGCCAGCUCUUCUCAUCAGCAGCACAAGCUGGACAGAGGAUGAAGACUUUUCAGUCCUUUUAAGAGCUUUAGAAGAUUAUGAGCAGUAUAUCAAUGAGGGAAUCAAGCUUCCAGCUUUAGUAUGUGUGAUAACAGGCAAAGGGCCACUAAAAGAAUACUAUAAUGGACUGAUAGAGAAACUGCACUUCAAACAUAUCCAGAUCUGUACACCCUGGCUUGAAGCUGAGGAUUACCCUCUUUUGCUUGGCUCGGCAGAUUUGGGUGUGUGUCUCCAUAAAUCAUCCAGUGGUUUGGAUUUACCUAUGAAGGUGGUAGAUAUGUUUGGCUGUUGUUUACCUGUAUGCGCAAUAUAUUUUGAAUGUUUACAUGAACUUGUGAAACAUGAUGAAAAUGGUCUGAUAUUCAGGGAUUCAAAUGAACUUGCAGAACAACUGAAGAUGCUUUUCCUGGAAUUUCCCACACUGGAAGGCAAACUCCAGAAUUUAAGAAAAAACCUUUGUGCAUCCAAGCAGCUGCGUUGGGAUGAGAGUUGGGACCAGACUGUUCUUCCCUUGUUUAUGCAGAGUGAAUGACUUUUUGUGGGGAGAGGAGGGUGUCCAAAAAGCUAUCACAUUCCUGGAGUUGCAUAGAUGUGACAAUCAGUGAAUAAACACUCUGUGUUAUCUGU